AUGAAACUCUCCAUUGUCCUUUUGGGAGCUGCCGCUGCUGGCGUUGCGGCUGUUCCUGCCUCCAACUACAAGGUGCAUGAGCGCCGUGAUUUCAUCCCAUCUUCGUGGACCCAGGGGAAACGCCUUGAUGGCUUUGCUUCACUUCCUGUAAGAAUCGGGCUGGUUCAGAACAAUCUGGAAUCCGGACAUGACCUUCUAAUGGAGAUGUCAAACCCUGCUUCAGGUCACUAUGGAAAGCAUAUGUCAGAGGCAGACAUCCAUGAUAUGUUUGCUCCUAGCGACGAAAGUGUGGACAAUGUUCGCUCGUGGUUGGAGUCAUCUGGAAUUGCUCCCCACCGCAUCUCCCAAUCGGUAAACAAGCAAUGGAUCCAGUUUGAUGCGGAUGCCAGUGAGCUUGAGGAACUCUUGCGUACUGAGUACUUCCUUUACUCUCAUUCCGAGACUGGUAGACCUCAUGUGGCCUGCCGAGAGUAUCAUGUCCCACACUCCGUCAGUGACCAUAUCGACUACAUCACUCCUGGAAUUACCCUUCGCGAAGUGACAAAGACCGGGAGGGUCAGCAACGGGCUUCGAAAGCGCUCUAUGGGUGGAAUCCCUCCAAUUCUCGAGCCAAUCUUGAUGCCUAUUGAAGAGCUGUUGAACGAUGGUCUGGCUGAAUUCUGCGAUGUUGCAAUCACUCCUCAGUGUAUCACAGACAUGUACAAUAUCACCGAAGGAAAGACUGCAACGAAGGGUAACGAGCUGGGUAUCUUUGAGGGCAUCGGAGAUGUCUAUGCUCAGGAGGAUCUGGAUCUCUUCUUCACAACACUGGCAAGCAAAAUUCCAAGUGGAACUCACCCAACCCUCAAGGCCGUUGACGGCGGCAAGGCACCAGUUUCGAUAUUAGAAGCAGGUGCUGAAUCCGAUCUCGACUUCCAGAUCUCAUACCCGAUCAUCUGGCCCCAGAACUCUAUCCUUUUCCAAACAGACGACAUGGUCUACGAGGAUAACUACACCUUCCGAGGCUUUUUGAACACCUUCCUAGACGCCAUCGAUGGCUCAUACUGUGAUGAAAUCUCACCCUUGGAUCCUUCUUACCCUGAUACACAAGAUGGAGGAUACAAGGGAUCUCUACAGUGCGGGGUUUACGACCCACCAAAUGUCAUCUCCAUCUCCUACGGAAGCGCAGAGGCCGAUCUCCCCAUCGCCUACCAGCGCCGCCAGUGCAACGAAUUCAUGAAGCUGGGCAUGCGCGGUGUCUCCGUCAUCGUCGCCUCGGGAGACUCCGGUGUCGCCGGACGUGACGGUGAUCCCACCCCAAGCAACUGCCUCGGUGACAAGGGCCAGAUCUUCGCCCCCGAUUUCCCAGCCUCAUGCCCCUACAUGACUGCCGUCGGCGCAACCUACAUUCCAACAGGUGGCAACGCCAAAGACCACCAGGAAGUUGCUGUCUCUCGCUUCCCAUCAGGCGGUGGCUUCAGUAACAUCUACGAGCGCCCAGAUUGGCAAUCCAAGGCUGUGGAGGAUUACUUUUCCAAGGCUAAGCCUGACUACCCCUACUAUGAGAGUGUCAACAACAAGAGCUUCGGUGCCAACGGCGGUAUCUACAACCGGAUUGGUCGUGGGUACCCCGAUGUCUCGGCUGUUGGUGACAACGUCGUCAUCUAUAAUAAGGGUCUGCCUACUUCCAUUGGUGGAACAUCAGCUUCGGCACCCGUGUUUGCGGCUAUUCUCACUCUUAUCAAUGAAGAGAGAUUGGCUGCUGGCAGGUCCACUGUUGGCUUUGUUAACCCUACUUUGUAUGAGAACCCUGAUGCCUUCUUUGACAUCACAAAGGGUAACAACUCUGGCUGUGGUACGCCUGGUUUCUAUGCUGCUGAAGGUUGGGAUCCAGUCACUGGACUUGGAUCUCCUAAUUACCCGGCGCUUCUGAAGGUAUUCAUGGAUCAAUGA